GCGAAAUCCCGCGUACUGUCGUUCGCGAACUAUUUGAAAACUAUUCACGAAAACACUGGCCGCAAACAAUGCCGCGACGUUAUCUAUAAAAAUAAAAUAAUAAAAAAGUACACCUGUCAAAUUUUCCCGCCAAUAAUGGCAGCCGCGAAAAAAGUUUUGACACAAAAAAGUUUAGUUUGUAAAAGUUUUACAAUGUGUUAGAUUAAGUUAGGAUAGUGAAUUCAUGUAAAUAUGUUGCUGUAUUGGAAGAGGGUGAUUUUGGCUGCUGCACUAACGUCAGUUUUGGAUGUCAACAGCGAGUCCCUGUUCGGAAACAAUGAACACACAAAGCAGUUGCUGAGUCAUCUAACAGAGUCUGAGAAAAUAUUCUUUUUUGGUGCCAAUCCUAACGAUGCCGAAUUUGAUCUAGCCCAUCUAAAACACCCGAAGCGCCGCAAGCGUUCCCUAUUUCACGAUGACGAAGACCUAGUCGUACUAAAGAAACACCUAGACGUGAAGCUAAGUCCUAGAAACAGUUUCCUAGACCCGCAGUUCCUGCUCAUGAGGAGAUGGCUCAACAGUACCGAGGCUGUGCUGGACCAGCAUUCUGAUGAGGAGCUGGAUAGUUGUUAUUAUAAGAGCGAGAAUGCUGCGUUGUUUGCUUGUAAUGAUGUGAGAGGUUUAGUCAAAUCCAACGACAGUUACUUUUUAAUUCAUCCACUACCAGAAAGGUUCCACAAAACUGACUCAAAAGUACAUAUCAUAGUUAAGCGUAAGAUAACUGAUUCAAAUAACAAUAAAGAAGAAUCUGAAGAUACUUGUAUAGAAAGAGAUGAACUUAAUACCUCAGUUGAACCUCAAUCUUCACGAACAUGGACCAAACACAGGAGAAAAAGGGAGGUGGAUACUGAAUCAACAAGCAAAACUAGUUUAGAAGACUUCAAAUUGAAUUUAGACCAUAGAAAUAAAACCAUCGGAGCCUUUCUGCAGAAGCUGGUGCCAGACACAAAAAGGCAGAAAAGAGCAAUCCUACCAGCGAUUUUUGUGGAAACAGCAGUAUUUGUUGAUAGAGAUCUUUACAAGCAUAUGACAGUGAAUUUCCCAAAAGACACAGAGAGGGAGUUAGUGAGAUUUGUUUUAGCAAUGAUCAAUGCAGUGCAGUUGAUAUACCACGACCCAUCUCUUGGGAGGCCAGUGAAUUUUAUUUUGAAAAGGUUGGAAAUUCUGCACGAAGACCCAGUGAAUUUGAAGCGGCCUCAUGACAUAGAUAGGUUUUUGAGCAAUUUCUGCACAUGGCAAAGGCUGGAGAACCCUCCUGGUGACAAUGACCCGUUGCAUUGGGACCACGCUUUGAUUCUGACAGGACUGGACUUGUACGUGGUGAAUAAGAAUGGGAAAGUCAGCAGUCAAGUUGUAGGACUGGCACCCGUAGCAGGGAUGUGCACAGUGACCAGCAGCUGUACAGUCAACGAAGGAAGGCACUUCGAGAGCGUUUACGUCGUGGCACACGAAAUUGGACACAAUCUGGGUAUGCGGCACGACGGUCCCCAAGCGGACAACGGCUGCGACCCAAGCGCCUACAUCAUGAGCCCUACCCUGGGCAGUGGCAAGAUCACUUGGUCGCAGUGCAGCAAGAACUACCUCCAGAAGUUUCUAGACACGGUGCAAUCCAGAUGCCUGCUGGACCACGGUAACUCAGCAGGACAACUGGACCAUAGCGCCGAAGGGAUCCUACCGGGAGAACGAUUCGACGCUGACCAACAAUGUAUGCUAAAAUACGGCCGUGGAAGUCGUCAUUCAGCCGCCCAAAACCUGGAAGAUAUCUGCAGAGAUUUGCACUGUCAACGAGAGCGGUACACCUGGACUUCACACCCAGCGCUUGAAGGCACCAAGUGCGGGGAGGAUAUGUACUGCCGUGGAGGCGAGUGCGUGGAACGUGAGGGAUCCACCAUCCGCCGAGGGUCAUGGGGCCGGUGGUCGGGCUGGUCUGAAUGCGCUUCAGCUUGCUUACUAGACGAUACACACGCACCGGCUGCUGCUGGGGUCUCUGUAGCUACUAGGAAGUGUAAUAGGCUCAGGCAUGACAACGGCAAUAACUACUGCGCAGGUCACGACAAGAAGUACCAGUCAUGCCACGCUCAACAGUGUAACAACGUACCAAGGAUGACUGUGAGACAGUUCGCGGAUCAGAUUUGCUUGAGGGCGAGAGAUGUAGACCCCGAUCUCAUAGGAACUGGUCUGCAGAGAAUAGACGUCGAUGACGUGAGCAGCGCAUGCGCAGUAUGGUGCGACACACGCGGCGGCGGCUACAAGUCGCGCGGUUGGACUCUACCAGACGGAACCGCGUGCUCACGCAUGUCACCUAUGUUCUGCAUAUCCGGCGUCUGCCAGAAAUUCACGUGCACUGCCAGCAUUGACAACGAGUUCUCGCUCAAGCCUGGCGACUGCGAGUGGGAAGCAUUGCAACUACAAACGGCCACACCUUACACCACUCCUACAAAAUCAUCUGGCACAUGGCGUCGGGCCGUGGGCUCCCAGUGGCGUCCCAGCAGCGGCUGCCACUACCACUGCGUUACACCAGGCGUGGGCGUGCGACUUGUACGCGCUGUGUCUGGUUCUCAGCAGACGAGCAUACAGCUCUGCCGGCCUGAUAGCACGAGGCCUGAUCUGGGCUGCACGCAGCGUAAGACGCCUUACCAGUACGCAACGAUGGUGUGCACCAAAUACAAGGAGAGAGUUAGAAGACUGUCCGGCUUGGGGAUGCAAAUAUCCCCAGUACAAGAGGAUCCCGACCGCCCUUGCCGCAUCGCGUGCCAAGACGAACGGGUGUCGCACCGGUUCUACCUGGUCAACGGGCAUGAAGGCUGGUUCCCUCUCGGGACCUCCUGUGGGAAGAGGAACGCUUCCUACUGCGUUAGCGGGAAGUGCUUGGAAUUUGGUCCUGACAACACACCCUUAUCCGAAAUGGUGUUCACGCUGCCCCUACUCAACCGCAACAGCACAGUUAGUCGCGUCACCCGGCGUUCUUCGCGACACAAACGCAGCUUGCAUAGAGAGAGGAUCACUGUCAAGGCUACGCUGGACCAGCACCAUCUGGAUGACAUUAUUGCAAGACUCAAUUUUACACACACCGGCGCCGAGCAGAUGUUCCACGAGAGCAUCCCGGAGCACAUCGACGUGGACUUCAGCAACCCGAUACACGUCGCGCCUGAAGACACCAUGCUGGGGAAACCGCCUCGGCCCACGUGGGAUUAG